CAGGGUGUCUGUGGCUCUGCUGGGAUCCCCUUGGGGACUUCCUCUUCCUCUCUGGGCAGGUGUAGCUGCCGCAGCGGAUCGACACCCUGACCCCGACAUGGAGGGGGGCCAGGGGCCCAGACUUGGAGACUUCCUGAGCGGGAGCCUGGCCACCUGGGCGCUGGGACUGGCGGAGCUGGUGGGGGAGGCGGAGGAGCUCUCGGGGACCGAGGAGGAAGAGGGGCCUCUCAGUCCGGAGAAGAGGUUCCUUCGGCUCAGCGAUGGAGCCCUGCUCCUCCGUGUGCUGGGCAUCAUUGCCCCCAGUUCCCGAGGGGGUCCUCAGAGGGCCAGCGGCCAUGAUGGACCUGAGGCCCGUCGGGUGUGGAACCUGAACCAGCUGUGGACCCGACUGAGAGACUUCUACCAGGAGGAGCUGCAGUUGUUGGUCUUGUGGCCACCCCCAGAUCUCCAGACGUUGGGGUUUGACCCCCUCUCAGAAGAGGCGGUAGAGGGGCUGGAAGGCCUGCUUCGGCUGCUGCUGGGUGCGUCGGUGCAGUGUGAGCACCGGGAACUCUUCAUCCGCCACAUUCAGGGGCUGAGCCUGGAUGUUCAGAGUGAUCUGGCUGCCGUCAUCCAGGAGGUGACCCAGCCUGGGGCUGGUGUGGUGCUGACUCUAGCUGGACCUGAGCCUGGGGAGCUGGCGCCAUCGGAGCUGGAGAUGUUGUCCCGCAGCCUGAUGGGGACUCUGUCCAGGCUGGCCAGGGAGAGGGACCUGGGGACUCAGAGGUUGGCGGACCUGCUGCUGCAGCCAAGGUGGGCUCCCUUGCUGCCUGAGGCUCCUGUCAGGGCUCCCACAGAGGGUCCUUCGCACCACCUGGCACUGCAGCUGGCAAAUGCCAAGGCCCAUUUGCGGCGCCUGAGGCAGGAGCUGGAGGAGAAGGCCGAGCUGCUGUUGGAUUCCCAGGAGGAGGUGCAGGGCCUGGAGGCUGAAAUUCGAAGGCUCCGCCAGGAGGCUCAGGCGCUGUCGGGACAGGCCAAGCGGGCUGAACUGUAUCGCGAGGAGGUGGAGGCUCUGCGGCAGCGGGUGGGCCGCCUGUCCCGACUACAGGAAGAGCUGGGACGGUGUCGUGAGCGGCUUCAAGCGGCUGAGGCUUGCAAGAGCCAGCUGGAAGAGGAGCGCGUGCUCUCAGGGGCCCUGGAGGCCUCGAAGGCGCUGCUGGAAGAGCAGCUGGAGGCUGCCCGAGAGCGCUGUGCCCGGCUGCAUGAGGUCCAGCGGGAGAACCUGCUGCUGCGUACCCGGCUAGGCGAGGCUCACGCGGAGCUGGACUCCUUGCGGCAUCAGGUGAACCAGCUUGCAGACGAGAACGUGGAGCUGGAGCUGGAGCUCUGCAGGAGUCUGGAGCCACCCCUGGACUCCCCUGUAGAGGCACCCCUGCCCGCAGCAGCCCCCUCGCUGCAGGAUGAGGUGAGGGAGGCCGAGGCAGGGCAGCUGCGGACCCUGGAGCGGGAGAACCAGGAGCUUCGAGGCCUGCUUCAGGCACUGCAGAGGCAGCAAGGUGACCAGCCCCCCCUGUUGGAGGAGCAGAGCGGGAAGUCUGUGCUUCUAGUACCGGAUGGUGCCCCCCAGGCAUCCCUGGGCUCUGGCCACAGCCCUCAGUCCUUGCUUUGCCCCCAAGUAGGGGAUCAAGACCUCCAGCUGACUCCCCCUGCAUCAGACUUAUGCCCUGAGGGAUCAGCUGAGAGUCCCCAGGCAUCUGAUUCAUCCCGAGAGGUGACAGAAAAGCCCUUCCAGGCAGCUGGCAUAGAGACACAGGAGGCCCUGGAGGAGCCCAGUCCCAGAGCCACUCUCCAGUCAUCCACUUGUGUGGCCCCAUGUCAGAAUCCAGAGAUCAAAACAGAGGUGCUGCAGUUGCCGGGAGGAGAGACUGGGAAGAUUCAGGCUCCCCAAAAGGAGUUGAUGCUUGAGGUUCAGGGUCUGAGAGAGGAGGGUCCUGAGUGCAAGCGAGGCUCCUCAGAGCCCAGCCACUGUGAGCUGCUGGAGAAGCCUGUGACCAUGGGCCAGGAACUGAAUGCGCCUACCAGACCACCAGGGGCCCGAGGCCAUGAGCUGCGGCUGAUAGGGAUGGUCAGAGAACUGGCCCCUCUAUCGCCACAGCAGACAUCUGAAGGUGCUCCCAAUGCCAGGGCCUUGGAAGGACAGAUCCUAGGGGAAACCCUGGAGGGUGGUGUCUCAGAGCAGGAGGCCCUCAGGGAAGAGGUGGCACGGCUGAGGACAGAGGCUGUGGCCCUGGAAGCUAAGCUGGAGGCCCAGGCCCGAAGGCUGGAGGCCCGAGGUGCAGAGGUGGCCCGACUCUCUGAGGAGCUGGCGCAUGCACGAAGAGCAGAGGCUGAGGCUCAUCGGGAGGUGGAGGCCCAUGCCCAGGAGCAGACCCAGCUGCGGGAGGCUGUGGAGGCAGCUGGCCGAGAGCUGGAGGCUGCAUCACGGGAGCGGGAGGCGCUGGCAGAGGCCCUGGCAGCAGCAGGCCGAGAGCGGAGGCAGUGGGAACGCGAGGGGCCCAGGCUGCGGGCCUGGGCCGAGGCUGCUGAGGAGCGGGUGCAGGCACUGGAGAGCCAGAGGCAAGGCUGCCUGCAGGAGGCUGAGCAGGAGCGCCGGGAGAAGCAGGCCCUCAGUGAGGAACUCGAGAAGGCCACGGCUCGGGGCCUGGAGCUGGGGUCCCGGCUGGAGCACCUGCAGCAGGAGCUGGAGCAGGCGGCACAAGAGCGCCUCAAGUUUCUUCAGGAGCAGGAGAACCAGCAGCAGAGGUACCAGGGCCUGGAGCAGCGGUUGGAGACUGAGCUGCAGGCAGUGGCCACCAGCAAGGAGGCGGCGCUGAUGGAACUUAAGAGCAGGGCACUGAAGCUGGAAGAGGAGCUGCUCCAGCUGCGCCAGGGCCCCAUGGGAGUUUCUGAGCCACAGGUGGCAGCGGCCCAGGGCAGCCGGCUCAUUGAGGUGGAGCGCAGUAACGCAACGCUGGUGGCUGAGAAGGCGGCGCUGCAGGGGCAGCUGCAGCACCUGGAGGGGCAGCUGGGGAGUCUGCAAGGCCGGGCCCAGGAACUGCUGCAGCAGAGUCAGCGGGCACAGGAGCAUAGUAGCCGGCUACAGGCCGAGAAAUCUGCGCUGGAGCUGCAGGGCCAGGAGCUGCACCAGAAGCUGGGGGUGCUGGAGGAGGAGGUUCGCGCGGCACGGCAGGCCCACGAGGAGGCUCGAGGACAGCAGCAGGCUCUGCUGCGGGACCACGAGGCUCUGGUGCAGCUGCAGCGGCGGCAGGAGGCCGAGCUGGAGGGGCUGCUGGGCCGGCACCGUGACCUCAAGGCCAACAUGCGGGCGCUGGAGCUGGCCCACCGGGAGCUGCAGGGCCGGCACGAGCAGCUGCAGGCCCAGCGGGCCAGCGUGGAGGCCCAGGAGGUGGCCCUGUUGGUUGAGCGUGAGCGCCUGAUGAAGGAUGGACAUCGGCAGCGGGGCAUGGAGGACGAGCUGCGGAGGCUGCAGAAUGAGCACGACAGAGCUCAGAUGCUGCUGGCAGAAGUGUCUCGGGAGCGCGGGGAGCUGCAGGGUGAGCGUGGAGAGCUGAAGGGGCGACUGGCCAGGCUGGAGCUGGAGAGGGCGCAGCUCGAGGUGCAGAGCCAGAAGCUGCGCGAGUCCAACCAGCAGCUGGACCUGAGUGCCUGCCGGCUGGCCACACAAUGCGAGCUGCUGACAGAGCUUCGGAGUGCUCAGGAGGAGGAGAACCGGCAGCUGCUGGCUGAGGUGCAGGCCCUGAGCCGGGAGAACAGGGAGCUGCUGGAGCGCAGUCUGGAGAGCCGGGAUCACCUGCAUCGUGAGCAGCGCGAAUACCUGGACCAGCUCAAUGCUCUUCGGCGUGAGAAGCAGAAGCUGGUAGAGAAGAUCAUGGACCAGUACCGAGUGCUGGAGCCCGGGCCCCUGCCCCGGACCAAGAAGGGCAGCUGGCUGGCAGACAAGGAGCCUCUUCACCGGCACCCGUGCGCCGGGCCCAGAGCUCCCUGUGUCUACGAGAGACCCUGGCUAGCAGCGGGCAGCGGCGGAAACUCAGUUCACGAUUCCCAACGGUGCGAAGUUCUGAGUCGUUCAGCCCGGGGGACACUCCCCGGCAGAGAUUCCGCCAGCGCCGUCCAGGCCCACUGGGAGCACCGAGCACCCAUGGCAAAGGUGUGGAAUGGGAUGGCUCCACCAAGACCGCCCAGGAACAUGAAGCAGAUGCCAGCAGGGAGAGUCUCCAGGAGCAGGAACUGGAGAAACGUCCCCUCGCCACGUCCCUUAGUCAGUGACACCAUGGGGACAGGGAGCUCGGGAGUCCAGUCCUCUCGCCACUGGGGUAUUAGUAGGGGCCCCAGGCAGCUCAAGAGCUCGGGUGACCAAAGCACCCAGGAGGAAUUCUUGGACGAAGAGGCCUCGGCUUGCAGGUCCUCCACGGCCUGCACUAGGGCCCCGGCCUGGAGCUUGGACAAUGUGGACAGGGGGGAUGGCUGGCCCUCACGAGCGGCCCCGUCUUGGGGCCCUGGCCCUGCUGUACAGCCGUCACCGAGGAGGCGGUCUCUGGGGCAUCCAUCUCAAGAAGGUUGGCAGGAGAAGCCAAGAGAGCCCCCUCGCUGAUCCAGAUUGGGAGCCAAGACCCAUUCCCUGGAGAACGUGGCCUAGCCUGCUGUCUGAGCCUUUGCUGGGACAUGAGAAUAAAGCUGAGAGGCAACCACCGAA